AGGACAGCAGAGAUCCCUGUGGGCCGGGGCCCAAGCCACCGGGCCAGGUGCCGCCUGCCACCUGGUGGACACGGGGGCGAUGACCAUGGGGCAGACCCACAGGCACGGGCAGGGGGAGCCUAGGUGGGACGUGCGACCAGGCCAGAGCCGAGGCCUAGGGAGGCUGGACGACCAGACCGCAGGAGGAGGGAGUGACCCCGAACUUGGGUGGCCGGGAGAGACCUCGGGCUGUGGGGAGACCUCCCCACUGCCAGACCCUGGGCUCAGAGCGCUGGGUCUGCCCUUCCAGCUGAGAGGGGCAGCGCCCCGCCUGGGCUGGCAGGACAGAAGGAGAACUGCGCUUCCAGUAGGCAUUGUGGGUUCAAGCCCUUUGGGAGAGGAAAGCAAGCAGACUAACAGUCUGUCCCGCGCAGACCUGGCCUGAGGCUGGGCCGGGUUGGGGCUGCCAUGUUCUCCCUGCUGCCCCUCCCCUCCUGGCUCCCCGGCCUCCCCUCCCUGGAGUGGGGCUGCAGCCUCCUGGAUGGGCUCCUGCAAGGCCUCGUCGGGGCCUUCGGGGUCUCCGUUCUGAACAGCCUCCUGAAGGUCUACUUCUUCGUGGGCUGUGCCAAUGACCCCAAGCGGCGGACAGAAACGGAGCGGCUUCGGGCCCAGUGGGCCCUGCUGGAGACCGUGCACCUGGCGGGCCUGGCCCUGUUCCUGACCAUCGUGGGGGUCCGGGUGGCUGCCCUGGUGGUGCUGGAGUUCUCCCUGCGGGCCGUGUCCACGCUGCUGUCACUGCGCAAGGACUCCCGGGGCCUAGAGACGUUGCAGCUCUACCUACUGAGCCAGUACGCGCUGGGCUGCGGGCUGAGCUGCGGGCUGAGCUUCCUGCAGGAGGGCGCCCCGCACCGCACGCUCAGCCUGCUGCUCAGCCUCGCUCUGGCCGCGCUGCUCCGCGCAGGCGCGAGCCGCCUCUGCCACCACGUCUGCCGCCUCUACGAGCUGCACAGCAGCCAGCGCUACUGUGGGGUCUGCCUGGGCCUGCUGGCAGGGGCUUACCGCCUCCCCGGACUGCUGGGCCGCGCCCUGGCUGUGGCCUUCGCCGUGGGCAACCUGGCGGCCGUGGCCCUCAUCAACCAGGACUUCCUGAGCACCUCGGAGGCCGUGCGCUUUUGGACGCCGCUCACCAUAUGCUACACGCUGCUGGUCAUCUACAUGCAGGGUGAGGACCUGGGGCCGGGGUCCCUCCGCCAGGUGCAGAGGAGAAGCCUCGCACUGAUCACCUCGGGGCACGUUCAGCAGACAGCAGUGGGAGCCGGGACAUCGUCCUGCCGACGCCACAGGAAGGGCUGAGGCUGGCCAGGCUCCCAGGCAGCCCCGUGCGAGAGCAUGCACGUUUCUAAGAGGGGAGAGGGAUCCGGUCAGAUCCGGCCUCUAGGAAGAGCCGUCUGGCUGCAGAGGGCCAGGAGGACAGUUCAGACAGACAGAACAGACAGUGCAAAUGCCCUGAGGUGGGAAUGAGCACAAAGGAAGCCAGGAUGGCUGGGGGUGAUAGGCAAGAGGGAGUGAGUCAGAGACAGAAGCUGGGGGUGGGCUUGGGCCAACUCCAAGCCAGCCAAUGAGGCAGGAUCUCUUUUUUUCCGAAAGUAGUAGGAAGCCCUGGAGGGCUAUCAACAGAGGAAUGACCUCAUCUUGUUGACAUGAUUAGCUGGUCAGCAGACACUGGAUUGUAGGGUCAAAACUGAAGCUGAAAGCCGGGAGUAGUGGCACACACCUAUAAUCCCAGCACUUGGGAGGCUGAGGCAGGAGGAUCGCUGUGAUUCCAGGUCAGCCUGGG